AUGACAACUUCAAUUUCUUCUUCAAACAACAACAAUAACAACAACAUCAACAAUGAAAUUAUUCAUUUCACAAGUUUGGGUUAUGGAGAAUUAAGAUUGGCCAAAAAAUAUUCAACCAAAGAUAUAUUGGAUGAUUUAUUUCAAACUGAAGGAGGUCUCAUCGUUGUAGACGGAAAUGGUGAAGAAUACUUCCCAGAUGAGGAUAAUAAUUAUGAUUUGGUACCAAAUAAAACCUAUACUAUUGUAUCGGAGAAAGAUUUAGAUAGUGAUACCGACGAAAGUGAUGAUGAUGCUGAUGAAGAUGAAACACACAACGAAAAACAUGACAAUGACAAUGAUCAUGAGCAUGAGCAUGAGCAUGAGCAUCACCAACACGAACAUAAGGGAUGUUGUAAUACUGAUGGUCAUCAUGAACAUGAUGACAAUGAAGAUUCGCAACAAUGUUGUUCAAAGCAUCAUAACGCAACCAAAUCAGAACUAAAGCGUAUUCAAAAUUCACAAAAUGGAUUUAAUAAACUAUUAAAAAUGAGAGAGGCUAGAAUUAAUAUGAUUUCGAAAUUAUAUAAAAGAAAAUAUCCAGAAAUUUUUGAAUUGAGAGAAGAGUAUUUUGAUAAAGAUUUCAUAGAACCAAUUAAACAAUAUAAGAAAACUAAAAACCAAGAUGACCUUUUAAAAGCAUUAACGAAAUUAACUGAAACUAGAAUUUAUUCUUUUAGAAUAUUUACAAUGGAAUUUUGCACUAAAUUAUUAGAAGAGAUCGAAAAUUUUAAAAAUACAGGAUUACCAACAGCAAGACCAAACUCUAUGAAUAAUUAUGGCGCAGUAUUGGAUGAAAUGGGAUUCACCGAGUUUUUUAAACAACUUAGAGAAGAUUAUUUAUCAUUAUUCACAUCAAUUCUAUAUAAAGAUUACAAUGGUGAAAAGUUAAAUAGUCAUCAUGCAUUUGCAGUUCAAUAUAAAAUGGAUAAAGAAAAAGAAUUAGGUUUCCAUUAUGAUGAAUCUGAUAUAACUGUAAAUUUAUGUUUAGGUAGCGAAUUCACUGGCGGUUCUUUAUACUUUAAAGGAAUUUUAGAUAAACCUGAAACUCAUAACGAAUACUUUGAAUUCAAACAUAUUCCAGGUGUAGCUUUAAUUCAUAUUGGUGUUCAUCGUCAUGGUGCAUUAGGUUUAACAAGUGGUGAAAGAACAAAUUUAAUUUUAUGGUUAAGAAAUUCAAAUAUUGCUGACCAACAAUCAGAAUCAAAAUUAGAAUAA